GAUGCACCGACGUUUCAAAGACGUCCAAUUGCGCAUGUGCAAAUCUAUCAAAACACCGACAAAAGAGCGAGGCUUGCAUGGAAUUUAUCUAGAAAAAAUGUCUUAUGGACUUAGAUUAAUUUAUUUUUUAAAAUAAAUAUUUCUUUCUUGAUAGUUACGGUUAAUUUGUAUGGAGGUUAGCAAUCCGUUCUCCAUACACAGCGUACCUGGCGGAAGGUUACAUUAACAGUAGCUAGCAUGCUAAGUACUGGUCAACCACCGUGUGUUGUUUGCUAGUUAAUAUGUUUCACACGCUGUUGUUUGUAAGGCUUUUCUGUGUGCCUUUAGUACGCAGUCGAGGAUAAAUGAAGAUGACUCUGGCGCAGAGUGCUGAUUUCCGUCGAUUUUUAGCAUAAAUUUCCUCCGUGUUUCAAGCGUGCAUAGUACACCGUUUAACCUCAGUGUGAAAGCUCAGUACGUGAUCCGGGGAUGGACAACGUUACGGUGUCAGCCUCCGAUGGGACCGCAGAGUGCCCUCUGGUCUCUGAGGAUAUGGAGGGGAUCUGUGUAAUGCCUGACUUGAGUGCCAUAAAGACUGAGCAGUCGGUGGGUGCAAGCCCAGACGACACAAACACCCAAAAUGUGGCUAUGGGCAUCAAAUUCAUCUUGCCCAACCGCUUCGACAUGAAUGUUUGCUCAAGAUUUGUAAAGUCGCUCAACGAGGAGGACAGUAAGAACAUCCAGGACCAGGUGAACUCUGAUCUGGAGGUGGCUUCCGUUUUGUUUAAAGCCGAGUGCAACAUCCAGACCUCACCUUCCCCGGGUAUACAAGUGCGUCAUGUUUACACACCAUCCACCACCAAACAUUUCUCGCCAAUCAAACAGUCCACCACUCUCACCAAUAAACAUCGAGGCAAUGAGGUGUCUUCCACACCUCUUUUGGUGCACUCUCUAUCCAUUCAUCAGCUGGCAGCUCAAGGGGAGAUGGUGUUUUUGGCCAGCAGGAUUGAACAAGAGACUGUAAUCAAUCUCCAAGAUGAGGAGGGCUUCACCCCGCUGAUGUGGGCAGCUGCACAUGGACAAAUCGCUGUGGUGGAGUUUCUGCUCCAAAAUGGUGCUGACCCUAACCUCCUAGCCAAAGGAAGAGAGAGUGCAUUGUCCUUGGCUUGCAGUAAGGGAUACACAGAUAUUGUGAAGAUGCUCAUUGACUGUGGAGUCGAUGUCAAUGAAUAUGACUGGAAUGGAGGAGCCCCUCUGCUGUACGCUGUCCAUGGCAACCAUGUGCGCUGUGUUGAAAUCUUGUUAGAGAGCGGUGCUGAUCCUACCAUAGAGUCAGAUUCUGGUUUCAAUGCAAUGGACAUGGCUGUAGCCAUGGGCCACCGAAAUGAUCCACACUUUCUCCUUUCUCAGAGUGAAGAAUGGUCACAUGGAAAUUUCAACAGGUGAUGGAGGCACACUUGCUAAAGUUAUUGAUGGGGAUCAGAGAGUGAACUGCUGCACUUGAGGGAGAACAAAUACUGAAGAGAUGCUGCUGUGCGCUGGACAAUCAUGUAGCAUGGCCAGUCUGUCAGCCUGCAGGAGUAUUUUGUUCCCUUAAGAGAUAUUUCAUAAGCAUUGCUUCAUAUUAUUCAUGAUGCAAGUGAAGGUUUGUGGUGUGUGAAACAUCAGUUUUAACCCUCUUUAAAGCUAUUAAGCGCUGCACUUUUUUCUUUUUUUUUUCUUUUCAACAUUGACUGUGGAGUUGCAUAUCCAAUCAAUAUACACUGACUGGUUUUCAAAGAGCAUGCUGAGUUCUUCACUGCAGCCCACCACACACUGCCCUCCACCUGUAGUAUGUUGCCCAAUGAGCAGUGCAGACUGGAAUCGACUUUGUUCUAAAGUAGCAAAGAGCUUACUUUUUAUGUUGUUGUAAUUUAAUACCUUUUGCCCAUGUUUGUGUUUUAAGACUAACCUAUUAUCCUCUAUUACAUUAUUUUAUUGUAAUAUUUUCACAUUCACACUCUCUGGACUCGGGAUAUUUCUGAGGCACGAGAUUUUAUGACUCUGUCAAGCUGUUUGUGGUCCGUUGACUGAAGAUCUUUGUGUUUGAUGUAUUGAAUUUUAUUUAUUUUAAUAAUUUAAACUGUUAUGACGUCAGUUUGUUUCUUUGUGUAGUGAUACAAAAUGUUCAGAUGUGUUGUGAAUUUUAAAAGAACUCACACCAAAAUUAAACGACCCACAAAAUGCUGUGGUGCUACUUGUAUGAAAAUAGCACCACAGUAAGUUUAUUAUAGAUAUUUAUCUGAUGUGCAAGAGUCAGUGAAGUUAAGCAGUUUAACUUAAACACCAAACUUUUGAAAGUCCAACCAACAGCAUCACAUUCUGUGGAGAAGUUGUUCUUUUUAUAUUGUUGAUAAGACAGGAAGAAAAGCCUGCGUUUAACAAUUUUACCCUGAAAAGCACUGGAAAAUUUUGAGUUUCAUGCUUCAGUGGCCAUAAUGCACUGAAAAAACCAAGCAAGCAUUUCAUGUCAAAUAAAAAGAAAUGGGGAAAAUAAACAAAAUCAUAUUCACUAAUGAAAGGUACAGUCUCAAGGUUUUCACAGGGCUCUAUGGAGUCUUGUGAAAAACUAAGAACACCCCAUGUGCAGAAGCUUGUAGAUCCACUGUUUGCAACAAUAAUUUGAGGUGCUUGUUUUCUGUAUGCGUUUACAUCAUUGUGGAGGAAUUUUUGCCCACUCUUCUUUUAAUAGUUCUCUUUUACUUCAGUUAUUUAGAUUUGCAGGCAUUCGUUCAUGAAUGGUUCUUUUAAGCUUCUCCCACAGCGUUUCAGUCAGAUUGAGGUCUGGCUGUGACUGAGCCAUUGUAAACAUGGGGGCAAUUUGCUGGGAUGCUCCCUCCCUGGAUCAUUUUAACACACACCUAUUAAUUUGACAAAUGAAUUUAUUUCAUUCAGCUGCUGUUUCUUUGUAUCCAAAAUGUUGUAUUUCCAAAAUUGCUCAUGCAGAUUGCACCAUCAGCUACUCACAAAACUGGAAAAUGGCAUUUUAAAAAUAAAAUUUUGAAAUCAG